AUGCUUCCACUUGUAAUUGUUGAUUCCAAAGAUGGUGGGUUUCUUGUGAAUGAUGAGCUCAAGAUUGUUGCGGAGGUAGAUGUUCUUCAAGUUACCGUAGCAUCUGAUGCAUCAGAGCGAUCUCAAGAGGCAGCAUAUUAUGUUACGGGAUCUAGUGAUUUGCAAAAGGAAACUCGAGUGGGAAACGAAACCGUUGAUGUCAACGGGUUUCAAGUCUCUACAUCACAAGUAGCAUCUGUGAGGUGUAUAUUUGAAAAUCACCCAGACUUUGCAUCAAAAGUCCUUUCAAAUAAUCAGCAUCUGAAGUCGACAUACAUGAAUGUUCUCCUUGGACUAAUUGAAACACUAUGCCAGUUGCCUGAGAAGCUCUCUGAUGUUGAUUUGUCUGAAGCAUCGGCUGCAGUUGUAUACUUAACGCAGGUUGGCUUUAAAAUGGAUUGGUUGGAAAAGAAGCUCCAGGAAUUAAAGGAAAAGAAGAAGAUGAUGAACACUGGCAAGGCUCAGCUGCAACACAUGGAGGAAGAGUUUAAAAUACUCAACAAGAAAUGCUUAGACCUGAAAGAUCUUCUGGACAAGCAGAAUGAAGAUUUGUCUGCCGCCAAUGUUGCUUUCUCGUUCGAUGAUGUUGUUUGA